ACGUGUAGCUUGGCUUUAGCUGGAUUAGCAUUAGCAACACAUAGCUAGACGGAGGCGCAACAAGCACUCAGAACGCCGAAAUAAGUGCUCUUUAUUGACUCUUCUUUGGAUUUGGCGAAAUUGUUUAUGGUUUAUGUCCGUGGAAUAACAGGAGAGCUCGGCUGAUCCCUACAGAUAUGGUGAUGGCAUGGUCAUGUGUGCAGCUGGGGCUGUGUGGUUGGAGAUGGUUUUAACAGACGCUGUGUUGGAGGACUCAGGAACACUGCACUGUCCUGGAGAAGCCUCAUAAAUAAACACACACACCUGUACAGACCAACAGUCACACACAAACACACAACACUGCCGUGCCUUGAGAAAGGACACAGGCGCAUAGACACACAACACAAGCUUCAGCUGAAGCACACAGACACACAUCACCUGCCUCCUGUGUGAGGUCUACUUUGUUUCUUUAUUUUUGGUGUUUUUUUUUUAACCCCGUCUGUCCCAUCUCCACCGCCACCAUGCCGAGUGGCAUCAGACGGCAGAUGAAGAACAUGGUGAACAACUACUCUGACGCAGAGAAGAAAGUCAGAGAGGCCACCUCCAACGACCCGUGGGGCCCGUCGUCCUCGCUCAUGUCAGAGAUCGCGGACCUUACCUACAACGUGGUAGCCUUCAGUGAGAUCAUGAGUAUGAUCUGGAAACGGCUCAAUGACCACGGUAAGAACUGGCGCCACGUCUACAAGGCGCUCACUCUGCUGGACUACCUGAUCAAGACAGGCUCGGAGCGGGUGGCGCUGCAGUGCAAGGAGAACAUCUUUGCCAUUCAGACUCUGAAGGACUUCCAGUACAUCGACAGAGACGGCAAAGACCAGGGCAUCAACGUCAGGGAGAAGAGCAAGCAGCUAGUGGUCCUACUCAAAGAUGAGGACCGCCUUAAAGGAGAGAGGUCUCAGGCUCUGAAGACCAAAGAGCGCAUGGCCCAGGUGUCCACAGGGAGCAGUCAGAUGGGUUUUGGCCGAGGCUCAUCCCAGCCCAACCUCUCCACUUCAUACAGCGAAGAGUAUGGCAGGUCGGAGGGCUCACCUGCCUCCUACCACGGCUCCACAUCUCCCAACACGGGUUCAGAACUGGAGCAGGCCAGACCUCAGACCAGCGGAGAGGAAGAGCUGCAGCUGCAACUGGCUCUGGCCAUGAGCAGAGAGGCUGCAGAGCAGGAGGAGCGCAUCCGCAGAGGGGACGACCUGAGACUACAGAUGGCCUUGGAGGAGAGUAAGAAAGGAGGCUCAGACUCUGCAAAGCUACCCAAGAAGAAGAAAGAGCCUCAGUCAUCUUUGAUGGAUCUAAUGGAUGUCCCAGAGCCUGGGGCCAGUGCUGAUCCUUGGAGUGCUGGUGCUGGGGCUGCUGCAGCUGCUGCAUCCGAGGACCCCUGGCAGCCUUAUGGGUCUGCCCCUAAGCCAGCUGCCCCUGUGGACCCAUGGGGUGCUCCUCCUUCUGUCCCACCCAUGAAGAGCAAUGAUCCCUGGGCAUCAAACUCCGCUCCCGCUUCUGACCCCUGGAGCUCUGCUGCAGCCCGCCCUAAGACUUCCAAUGCAGGUAGCUUUGACCUGUUCAAUGCAUCCAACGGUACGUCUAAAGAGGACUUCUCUGAGUUUGACAGCCUGCGCUCCUCCUCCUCUGUCCCCACUGGUGAUGGGGCUGUAGCGUCCUCACUCCCCUCCCAAGCCUGUCUGGCCAGCAGCGGCAGCCUGGACCUCUUCGACCCCAUGCCCACUUCCAUUUCUACCACCACCAUCACAAACCCAACCAGAAAGACUCCAGAGUCCUUCCUGGGUCCCAAUGCUGCCCUAGUCAAUCUUGACUCUCUGGUGACCAAACCCGCCCAGCCGGCGCCCGCCGUCAAUCCAUUCUUGGCUUCCACAGCAGGCUCUGCUCCACCUCCAGCAGCCCACGCCAACCCAUUCCAAGUGAGCCAGCCAGCACCCCCCACCCUCAACCAGAUGCGGGUCAGCCCCAUGCCCGCCGGCUUCGGCACCUUGGCCGAGCCCAUGUCCCUCUCCUCCGUGCCUGCUCAGCCCAUCACCAUGGUCCCCCUGGCAGGAAUGGCCCCUAUGGGCCGCGUGAUGCCCGGGAUGGGCGUCGGCGCAGCUGGAGCGAAUGCCGGGAUGAGCGCUGGAAUUCCGGCCUCCAUGUCCAUGCCCCAGCCACUGAUGAGUAUGCCGCCCCAGGCUGGGACGCAGCCGACCGGAACCACCAACCCCUUCCUUUUGUGAGGGGGAGUUUCAGCCCCCUCUCUUUUUUUCCCUCCCUUUUUCUUUCCUCAAGAAGCUUCAGAAUAAACAAGGAGAUGUCUUA